AACUAAAAGUCACACCUUAUCACCCAACGCCCGAUUUCCGAAACUCAAUCGGCAGAAAUAAAAUGUCGAGCGGGAGCAGUAAUAGUUCUGAAAAUACUCCACUUCUAAAUGGAAGUCACGAGGGCCCCUGCUAUGCCUACUCCUACACGCAAAGUCGAGAAGACGAUGAUGAAGAAAAUGGCGAAAAAAUGGAUCCCUCCCUUUCUCCUGAUUCAACUUGGAUGAGGGAGAAACUUCCCCAAAUUCUCAGCCUCAUACAAAAAAUUUUCUUUAUCCUAUUAUUCAUUUUAUGCACGGUAUCUUUGAGCUUUGUUGAUGUAGAGAAUGGAGAAUGGAACUCGACUUUUAUUUCAAGAGGGCGGACUAACAGUAUCCUUUUUUUUUAUUGUACUUCACUCAAGUCUGACACAAUAUUCAAAACGAGCUUAAAAAUUUAA